CUCUCUCUCUCUCUCUCUCUCUCCCCCCCCAGCUGAAUCUGAAUCUUGAUCUCGGGUCAACAGCUCUUCCACACAAGCCGCGUUGAAGCCACUCCAGCGGGGGAUGUUGCUUUUUGUCGGUGCCGCUCAAUCAGUCCGCUUAGAAUAAAAAACGUGGACGUGUUUUUUCAGGCUGUUGUCGCGGGACAAAAACACAACAGUGGACAGCUCAGACUUUUGGUCAUGGCAAAGAAGUCAACUCCAGGCUGGUUUGGACUUUUACUCUGUGCAGCGACCAUAGCCAUUAUUGUGGGGAGUCCGGUCAGCGCUCAGCAUUCUAGUCGCCGGUCCCACCGUUUCACAAGGACCUCUGAUCCUCUUGUGAUAGUGGGCCGUGUUUCAAGGGUUUAUCUGACCCCGGAUCAGCUCAGACGACUUCACUUCAAGCCCACCGUAGGCACCAUCCAGCUAUCAGAUGGCCAUGAGGCUAAAUUCAACUGCUCCAUCGACAUCCCCGACGCCAGGCAGGAGGCCAUCAUCGUCUGGGUGAAGAACGGCCAGGACCUGGCAGAAAACAUGCAGGUGUCGAUCAACGAGCUCCAGACCUUCACAGACGGGGUCACGACUCUCCUCUCCACUGUCAGCAUCAACCAUGUGCAGCGAGCGGAUGCUGGGGAGUAUCGCUGCAGAAUGAGUAUCAACAACAGAAUGGUCGAGUCUCAGCCGAUCAUCAUCGAGGUGGAAGGUCUACCGACAUUUAUGCAUCAGCCAGAGGACAGGAACGUAACAAGAAACACACCUUUCACUCUGACAUGUGAGGCGGUAGGACCUCCGGACCCCGUUCAGAUCCGCUGGCUCCGUGAUGGAUUACCUGAUAGUGACUUUCACAACUCUCCCAGCAGCUACUCUGUGUCAGGUGUGGACAAGUACACUCAGUUCAGCUGUGAGGCUCACAACAAGAAGGGUGUCACCACCUCCAGGGAAGCAAAUAUCAACAUCAAAGUGCUUCCAAGCCCUGUGUUUAAUGUUACUGUGAUGGAGAGACAGUCCAAUAAGUUGAUGUUGAGCUGGAGCCCUGGACUUGAUGGUUUCUCUCCUCUUACUAAAUGCCACAUCAGGGUUAAAGAGGUGAGUCGGAGGAAAGGGGAGGUGACGACCACCCGGUUCAUCAACGUCACAGUGCCGCCGUUCGAGAGUGAAGUCCCCGGGCUGCAGGCUAUGACGUGGUACAACAUGAGUGUUUCCUGCAGCAAUGAGGUGGGAGCCUCCCCUGUCACCAUGUGGAUCCAGAGCAACACCACAGAGGGAGUGCCAUCCGUUUAUCCCCGAAAUGUCAGCGUAGAGCUGAACGACUCGUGGCUGGUGAUCACUUGGAAACCUCCUCCAGAUGAUAAGAUAAAUGGCAUCCUGCGUGGUUAUGAUGUUAUUGUCAGACAUGGCACACAAGUGGACACGAUCCACAGUAACAGCACCAUGGCCUUUGUAGCUGUGCAGGAAUUCAACUCAACCUACUUUGUGCAGGUGGCUGCGUGCACACAAGCAGGGAGCGGCAUGGUCAGCCCACCAUACAGGCUGUUUGUGCCAGAGGACAAAUCAGUCGUGUCCCCAUCGUCCAGCCCCGACACCGGAGUCCCAGACUCUGUCUAUGCUGUGCUGGGCGUGGUGUGUGGCUUCUGUCUACUGCUACUCAUCCUCUGGGGGGCUAUCUGUGUACACAACAGGACUUCUGACUCCUGGUUUGGGCGGUUCUUUGGAGGUGAAGAAAAGCUGCAGCCUGUUGUACAGUACAAACCUCAGAGAUCCUACAAUCGAUCAGCCAUAGAAAUCACACUUGCCAACCUUGGUGUUAGCGAUGAACUCCAGGCCAAACUUCAGGACGUAAUGGUCAUGAGGACCUUGCUCUCCAUUGGGAAGAUUCUUGGAGAGGGUGAAUUUGGCUCCGUGAUGGAGGGACAUUUAAGACAACUAGACGGAACAUCAGAAAAGGUUGCUGUGAAGACGAUGAAACUCGAUAGCUUCUCUCAAAGGGAGAUUGAAGAGUUCCUGAAUGAAGCAGCCUGCAUGAAAGAUUUCAACCAUCCUAAUGUCAUCAAACUGCUCGGAGUGUGCUUGGAGGGAGGCUCAGGACAUUCUCCCAAGCCCAUGGUCAUCCUGCCAUUCAUGAAGUAUGGAGAUCUACACAGCUUCCUGCUGCGCUCACGCCUGGGAGAGAGUCCACUGUUCUUGCCCACUCAGACACUCCUGAAGUUCAUGGUUGACAUUGCUUUGGGUAUGGAGUAUCUCAGUGGGCGUAACUUUCUGCAUCGUGACCUGGCGGCUCGCAACUGCAUGUUGCGUAAUGACAUGACAGUGUGUGUAGCAGACUUUGGGUUAUCAAAGAAGAUCUACAGUGGAGAUUAUUACAGGCAGGGCAGAAUAGCCAAAAUGCCUGUGAAAUGGAUUGCAGUAGAGAGUCUGGCAGACAGAGUUUUUACUGUAAAGAGUGAUGUGUGGGCAUUUGGCGUUACCAUGUGGGAGAUUGCUACACGAGGCAUGACACCGUACCCCGGCAUCCAGAACCAUGAAAUAUAUGACUACCUUCUUGAAGGACACAGACUGAAGCAGCCAGCAGACUGUUUGGAUGAGUUGUAUGAGAUCAUGUACAGCUGCUGGAGGGCCGACCCGCUGGACCGACCCUGCUUUCUCCAACUGCGAGAAAUGUUGGAAAAGCUCACAGAAAAGCUUCCAGAGUCUUUCAGCAGGGACGAUAUCAUCUAUAUUAACACCAGCUUUCCUGAAGAGGACCCUGAUGGAGAAACACUUCCUCCAGAACGUCCUGUGUUCAACUCGUCACCUUCCUGCAGCCACCAGGCAGCAGAAAAUUCAGUAGUUACUGCCGACAUUCAUGGGAGCCUGGAGGAUGAGGACGAAGAGGGCGAUGAUCGUUACGUGGUAGUGAUCUCCUCUGAUCCCUCCCUGAGAUCUUCUUCAGUGGACACUCCUCUUUUGUCAAGUGAUGCUUUAAGGCAAGCGAAUGGAGACAUGGUUACUGAUGUGACAGCAACGGAUCACAAUUCGAGUGACACUUCUUUCCUGCUGUAAAGAUCGGUACCCAACAGAUCCAAACUGUAGUAAAACAUUCCCCUUGGUUCAUGAGUACUAAUCGUUAUGCCUCACUGCACUGGGAGCACCUUGACAUUUCCUGAUGUGGACUUGCAAUGUAGCAUUGUUAUAUGAGCAGUUUAUGCUUCACCAGCCUACAUGUCAGUGUUUGUCUAUGUGUGUCAACGUAAAACAUGUUCAUGCACAUGUUCCAUAAGCUUAAGAUACACAGAACUGUGAAAUUGUUUACUUUAUGAAUUGAAUUUUAUGUGGCGAUGUAAAUAUAGAAAUGUACAGAACAUUUAUAAAGUGAUCUUAUAUACUGUAAAAAUACAUGAUUUCUUCAAGACUUCAUUAAAGUGGGAUACAUUUUGCCAAGA